AUGAAGAUAACGGGCGUCCUGCUCUUUGCUCUGGCACUUUGCUGCUUCUACUCGGAUGCAGCUGGCAAGGCUGGUAAGGGUUUCUGCAGUGAGUACAAGAAGCCUCCAGAAAUAUGCACCACGGAAUACAACCCUGUUUGUGGCAGUAAUGGGAAAACAUACGGCAACAAAUGCUUCUUUUGCAAAGCAGUCUAUAAAAACCUUGGAAGUCUUUGCUUUGCAUAUGAUGGAGAAUGCUGAAUCCUUGGGGUGCCGAGCGCUGAUAUGGAGCUGAAUCCUAUUUGCUUCUAUUUCCCACCAGCAGAUCCCCGCAUGGAGCCACGUUCUUAUCUCAUCCUCCAUUUCCAAGGCUCCUGACAGCAUCGCUGACCAUCCCCCUGCAUGCGCAAUAAAG